GACUUCCGGACAAGCCGGGGGCGGGACCGUGGCGGAGGCUGGAGCUUGGCGUCGGGAUGCAGCGACCCGGGCCCUUCAGCACCCUCUACGGGCGGGUCCUGGCCCCGCUGCCCGGGCGGGCCGGGGGCGCGGCCUCUGGCGGAGGCGGGAACAGCUGGGGCGUCCUGGGUUCGCACGUGCAGCCUCCCGGGCGCGCGCAGUCCGCGACCCGCGCCGGCCUCGGCAGCACGGGUAGCUACGACGGGGACGCUAACAGCGCCUGCCCGGCCCCCUCCACGAUGUCCAAGGCCGAGGAGGCCAAGAAGCUGGCUGGCCGCGCGGCCGUGGAGAACCACGUGAGGAAUAACCAAGUGCUAGGAAUCGGAAGUGGCUCUACAAUUGUUCAUGCUGUGCAGCGAAUAGCUGAAAGAGUGAAACAAGAGAAUCUGAACCUUGUCUGCAUUCCCACCUCCUUCCAGGCUCGUCAGCUCAUCUUGCAGUAUGGCUUAACUCUCAGUGACCUGGACCGACAUCCAGAGAUUGACCUCGCGAUCGAUGGUGCUGAUGAAGUAGAUGCUGAUCUCAAUCUCAUCAAGGGUGGGGGAGGCUGCCUGACCCAGGAGAAAAUUGUGGCUGGCUAUGCCAGUCGCUUCAUCGUGAUUGCUGACUUCAGGAAAGAUUCAAAGAACCUUGGGGAUCAGUGGCACAAGGGAAUCCCCAUUGAGGUCAUCCCAAUGGCCUAUGUGCCAGUGAGCCGAGCUGUGACCCAGAAGUUUGGGGGCGUGAUUGAACUUCGAAUGGCCGUCAACAAGGCAGGUCCCGUGGUGACGGAUAAUGGGAAUUUUAUCCUGGACUGGAAGUUCGAUCGGGUGCACAAAUGGAGUGAAGUGAACACAGCUAUCAAAAUGAUCCCAGGUGUGGUGGACACAGGCCUUUUCAUUAACAUGGCUGAGAGAGUCUACUUCGGGAUGCAGGACGGCUCUGUGAACAUGAGGGAGAAGCCUUUCCGUUGAUCCGGCACGAGUGGAGUGUGUUCACCUUGAGCCCACAGCUGAGGUGGACAUGCCUCUACAGGAACCUUUGCCUUAAUGUAUCUGUGCCAGACGGGCAGCUGGCAGGGUGGGGGUUGGGGGGGUUAACUCCAGUCUUCUGAAGUAUUGUUAUUUAAUGUCUUUUUAAAAAGAGAAAUAUAAACAUAUAUAUUUUUACUAUUAAAAAUACUUAGUUUUUUUUUUAAUUAAAAUAGAACUUGAUUUCAUGUUUUAUAUGAAACAUUUACCAAAAAAAAAAAAAAAAAGGAAAGGGACUGUCUUUUAAACUUUUAACUUGAUUCUGCUGGUUAAGCUUCUGAAUAUUGGGUUUGCUGAGAAAUGUAAAUCAAAACUUUUCUUUAAACUGGUAAAAUGAAGGGCCCAGCCAGCAGUGAUUCCCUGAUGCCUUACUGGAAAUAUUAGAGUUUACUUUCCUACCACACUGUUCUGUCGUUAGUUUUUGUUGUAAUCACGCACAAUCCUUAUAUACCUAUUUUAAGAUGAGGUUUACAAAAGUCUGGCGAGUGGAGUGGUGUGGUGUAUAGUGACUCAGAGUAAAUUGUCAGGGAGAAAGUGGGGUUCUUUCGCAAAGAUCCAGGGGUUCUUUCAGACCACUGUCGUGGGAAGCAAUUGGCCAGAAAUACUUGCCAGUACUGCCAAAGCACUGCUGUGAAAUGUGAAAUACUUUAAAUAGUUGUCUUUUUGUUGUUAAUAUUUUUCCUGUUCCUUUACUAUUGCUUGCAUGGUUCAUCGUCAGAACUUGUCAUUUCCUUAUAUUGUUUGAGGGUUGGAAUAAAACAGUAUGGUGCCGUUCUGA